GCUUUCACUUUAGAGCUGUAAUUAAUUGACCAAAGAAGGAAAUGGGAAAAGAAGAGAAUUGAGUUGAUGGCUUUGAGUGGUAACAAAUGUGGUGAAAAUCUAAGGAAUCGGAGUUGUUGUCCCACAAAGAGGGGGAAAAGGGUUUAUUUUUCUUUAUUCAUUUUUUUUGCAGUGAACGAGGAAGAAAAAGUUGGUAAUCAAGUUCCUAAGACCGAAAGUUUACGUGAAUUUAGAAAUAUCAAAUUACUUGUAAAGAAUCUAAAUUGGACGAAAGAAUUUGAUUAUUAUUACCCGAAAUCUCGGUGGGCGGGACCAGACUCCGAGACAACUUUAAUACACACUUAAAUAGAUGGCCUUUAGCAUUAAAAAGAAUCAGUCUUUGACUCAUUGCCACCACUUAUAAGCCGCCACUGUAGUUGGUGGCGCGUGAUAUGGUCUCUGGGCUGUUCACAUUUACUGAUUUCAGAUAGAGGUGGAAGACAAGCGAUGGGUCAGAGAAUGAGUUGCAGAAAAGGCCAUGAACAUGCAUUGUUCAGUGCUUUGGAGGAUGGGGACCUGCAGUUGAUUGAGGCUAUGGUGGAGACUGACUCAACUGUUUUGCAGAUCACCAAUGGUUAUGGGAGACAAUCUGCACUGCAUUUGGCAGCUGCUUAUGGGCAGAUCGAGGUUCUUUCUAUGCUCUUGGAUCGGUUCUUUUUAUAUACCAAUCCAGAUGUCUUAAAUCGCUAUAAACAGACCCCAUUAAUGGUGGCUGCAAUGCAUGGGAAAGCAUCUUGUGUGAAGAAGCUCAUUGAAAGUGGAGCAUUUAUUCUGAAAUUUGAUUCUCUUCACGGAAGAACUUGCUUACACUAUGCUGCAUACUAUGGGCAUUCAGAUUGCCUGCAAGCCAUUCUUACUGCAGGCCGAACCAGUCCAAUAGCCAAUUCUUGGGGAUUUGCAAGAUUUGUAAACAUAAGAGACGAAAGCGGCACAACCCCACUUCAUUUGGCAGCACGCCAUGGGUGGUCAGCAUGUGUUCAUAACCUCUUAGACAAUGGGGCUCUUGUUUGUGCUUCAACUGGUGGAAAUGGCUACCCAGGGAGUACACCUCUUCAUUUCGCUGCUCAGGGUGGUUCUUUGGAGUGUAUACGGGAAUUGCUAGCUUGGGGUGCGGAUAGGCUUCAGCCAGAUGCAUUAGGGUGAGUCUCAU